UUCGCCGAGUAAGCCUCCCCUCUUCGCCGUCACUUAACUCUCAGCGUCAUGGGCGCCGCCGCCUCCCGACGCUCGGCCAAGGCCCUUGACUUGGAGGAUCUCAUCCAGAGCCCCGAAUGGGCCGUGCGCAUGGCCUCCGACACGCACCAGCGCACCACCCCCGACCGGCCAACCACGCAGCCCUUCCUCGGAGAGCCACUGCGCCCGGGGUGGCCACGCAACGCCGGGCACAGCCUCUUCCCGGCGCAGCCGCACCUGUUGCUGCCGGGCCCGGCCUUCUUGCGCCCGGUACAGGGGUCCUUCGCGCUGAACCUGGCCGAUGACAUCGAGGGCACCCCGUACCACUAUUACUUGGGAUCCUUCCUGCCGGGCGGGGCGCACUGGGCCAGUGUCCGGUACAGCGUCGGCUGGCAGCGACACAGCCUGGCCCUGGGGACGCAUGCCCUGGCCGGGCAGCUGCGUCUGCAAGACGACCGGGCGGUCUUUUCCUUUGGCGACGUGGUCCGCCGGCCGUUGACCCUGGAGUGCUGGGCCACGACCGACAUGCGCCCGGCGCUGGACCUCCUGGCCCACCUGGGCGCCGUGGGCCUGGACCGGUAUCCGGGCUGGCGCCAGGGAACCGAGGGGGCCGUGUCGCGCUUUGUGGUCCCCUGCGAGGCGGGCAUCAGCCUGACCUUGUCGACCGUCGGCGACGGGGCCAGCCCCGGUGGCGGCGGCGGCGGCGGCGGCGGCGGCGGCGGCGGCAGUGGGACCGGCUCCGGCGGCCGGCGAUCGGCCAACGCGGCCGGGCACCCUGCCGGAGCCGCGACCAUCACCGUGCCCACCCUGGCCCAGCUCCGGGCCGCGUGGGACCGCAUGGCCUCCACCACCCGGGUGGCCCUCUACACGGGCCAGCGCCUGGAGCCGAUCAAGCGCAAGCGUCGGGUCGAGCCCCUGCGCCUGUCGCUGACUUUGUCACACGCCAUCCACCCCUCGGAGGCGGUGACCCUCCUCGGGCAGGUGACCCUCGGGGGGCGCUUUGCCUCGCCCUACCAUGUGCAGGCGGCCGACCCGGAUCCGGCGGCCCUGGGCGGCGGGCCGCGCCUGGUCCGGGUGGCCACCGGCUACGAGCCCAAUGGCGCAUAUGACAUUCCCCCGCGCACGGCCGUCACCCUGGUCGGGGCCCUCGGGUGCCGGGUGUUCCUGCUGCCCUGGCUGUCGCUCAGCAUGGCGGCCGACACGCGCGCCCACCGGAAGGCGGUGCUGUCGUGGCGCGACGCGCCGGCCGGCGGGUCGGCCCACCUGGUUCUCAGCUCGGUGCCCCUGGUGCAGGGCCACUCGCGUUUGCUGGCCGGCAGCCUGACUUACGAGGUGGAGAAGACCCUGCCCCUGAGUGGGGCCCUGCGGAGUCUGGUGGGGGAGACAUCGGUCCCGGUUCGGGCCCGUGUGCGUGUGGACUCCGACCAGCGCAUUGGCAUUGCCCUUGAGACGUCGCUCUCCACGGCCCGGCGUGGGCCCUUCAACUCCUCGGCCAGCCGCCUGGUGGCGGGCUUCCGGUAUGUGUAUGCCCGGCACACUGGCCAGUCGCGUCUUGGCGUGGCUCUGCAUCUGGGCGAUCGGUGA